ACUUGAUCAUUUCAACACUCCCACUCAUACAAGAUGGCAUCCUCGCUAGCUUCAUCAGUCUCCUCGCUGCAGUCCUCUCUACAGCUUCUCGACAACUCCAUCACCACCCUUGAUUCCGGCGUUAAUGACUUCCCCCGCCUUUGCAAAGUCCUCCAAACAACACGGCAUUUUGAACUCUUGCCGGAACCAACCCUCCGCCAAGCCCAACAAUCCCUACUAGACGAAAUCACGCCCAGCAUCGCGCACCUGCUCUCCCUCGCCUCGAACCACGUUGAUAAGCUCUCGCGACGCGAACAGGGCUUGAAGGCCAAAUGUGAUCUGCAAGAAGGCCGACUCUCUUCCAACUCAGAAAGCAAAGCUUCAGCAAAGGCUCAGAGCAACGCGCUGCGGGGUCGUCUGGCGGGGUCCGGCCCUUAUACCAGCAGCAAUGCCGCCUCAAAGGCCGCAGAGCUACGAAGAUUGGUGCAGAAGAAGGAGCGUCUUAAGUAUGCGGUUGAUCGCUUGGAGUUGCAAAGUACACAGCGGCAGAGGCAGUUGAGGAAGAGUAUGGCUGCGCAGUGAAUUAGUCCGUAUGGAACAAUUCUAAAUUGCAUC